AUGGUUUGGAUACCUGCCGGAGACUCUCUCGGCCUACUUGUGUAUCUGGGAGGUAUUGUUGACCCCUAUGGUAACAACACAGAAGCUCCCCAGCCACUCGAUGAAGUCUUUGUCUUUGAUGCAAAGGGAAACUCUUGGUCGACUCAGAAAACUGCCGGAGAGUUAGCGCAGAGCAGGCGUCAAUUCUGCGUCGAUGUGGCAUGGGCACCAGACAAGUCUUCCUUCAACAGAUACCUCUGGGGAGGAUUGAGUGUUCAGCCACCCGUCGUCAACGCAACAUCAUUCAACGACAUCUACAUCCUGACCCUCCCAUCGUUCAUCUCGGUGAAAGCUUACCCCGACCAUCACGGAAACACCACGCUCCCACCAGAGUACGACCACUACAACGCAUCAUACAACAUGCGUACGAUGCUUGGUCAAUGCACAAUUUCUGGACCGGAACGAACGAACAACAACGUUGGGAACAACAAGACUUACUGGGCUAUCUAUAACCCCAACAUCACCGAGAACGUCGAGCCCGUCGAUGUGUACAACGUCCCUGGUGGAAACAAGAACGGCGGUGCGAAAUUGGUGGCGGCCAAGGAUGGAUUUGAUGAGGGAAACAAGCCGCUUCAAGACUUGCUGGGACGCAGACCAGAAAUAGCAGAGCGUUCACCAACACGAACGAUCCCCUCCGCGACAAGCACAUCAACAGCGUCGCCAAAGUCAACCCAGAUGAACAGCCCUGAUUCGAAGCUAUCUACUGGAGCUAUUGUUGGUAUUGCAAUCGGUGGUGCUGCAGGACUAGCUAUUAUUCUACUCGCAUGGUUCUGUAUUAGCAAGAAAGUCAACCGCCGUCGUGAAGAGAGACAUCGAUCCUCAAUGACACAGAACCAGUAUCCGGUCAACGGGGGUAACUUGAUACAUCCUCCCAGCACGGUCAGUCCGCUGACAUCAAUAGGGUAUUGGGGCCAUACAUCCGAGCCCGUGAGCCCGCACCACAUGAGUCCUCACCAGUUCAUCUCCAUUUCACAAGUACCUCCGACAGAGCUUCCUGCAGAACAACACGGAAAUGGCGGCAACGGCGUGAACGAGCUCCCAGAGUAUGAGGUUGGCAGAAAGACAACUGUAUCGCCUGGCGUGUCUUCUCCGAGUUGGUCUCCUGGUCCUCCUUCAAGCUAUACACCGGAGAGAGACAACCAGUGGUGUUUUCAGAGGUAG